UGAUUUAUAUUAACAAACAAUGCCCCUCUCUCUCUCACUUCACAAGUUCAGUGUAUCUAUCUCUCUCUAAACAUGAAAACUCCACAAUUUGAUACGAAGAAGAUAGCAAUGUCGUGAUGCAACCUUGAUCCUAGAUUCCUCGAAACACCAAAAACAGCGGCGAAAUUGCCUACAUUUGUUUCAAGAUGAUGCAAUCCAGCAUCCGCCACCUCCUCCUAUUGACGGCCGCCGCCUUCCUCCUCCGGUCCGCCGCGCCCGACAUCACCUCCGACCGCGCCGCCCUCGUAGCCCUCCGCUCCGCCGUGGGCGGCCGCGUCCUCCUCUGGAACCUCUCGAACCCCACCCCCUGCGCCUGGUCCGGAGUCAACUGCUCACCCGACAAUUCCUCCGUCGUGGAGCUCCACUUCCCCGGAAUGGGGCUUUCCGGCGAGCUGCCUCCCAAAACCUUCUCGAACAUGACCAAUCUGCAGACGCUUAGCCUCCGCUACAACGCCCUCUCCGGGCCGCUGCCGCCGGACCUCUUCACUUCCCUCACCUCUCUCCGCAAUCUCUAUUUACAGCACAAUUUAUUCACCGGCCAAGUCCCCGAAACCCUAUUUUCUCUGACUUCGCUGGUGCGGGUGAAUUUAGCUGAGAACAAUUUCUCCGGCCCGAUUUCGCCGGGCUUUAGUAAUCUGACCCGUUUAGGCACGCUCUACUUGCAGAGUAACCGUUUCUCCGGCCCGAUCCCCGACUUGAAUCUGCCAAGCUUAGUUCAGUUCGAUGUAUCCAACAAUAACCUAACCGGUCCCAUUCCCAACGGCCUUUCCCGGAAGCCUAAAAGCUCGUUUCUCGGCAAUUCACUCUGCGGCGAUCCUCUCAAUUCCUGCGGCAACGCAAAACCGAAGAAGAAGCUCUCCGGCGGCGCCAUUGCCGGCAUAAUAAUCGGCUCUGUGAUCGCGUUUUUCGUGAUCUUACUGCUUGUGUUCUGCUUGUGUAGAGUGCUAGCUAGAAAGCGCUCGAGAUCCAAGGACGAACCGGUGGCGAAUGUGAAGGAAGUGGAGACUCCGCCGCAGAAAUCGGCGGAGAGCGGCGGCGGCGGCGGUGGCCUAUUUGCGGCGGCGAUUGGGGGUGGGGCGAAGGAGAAAGAGGUGGUGGAGGGUGAUUUGAAUGUUGGUGGGAAGAAGGGGCUGGUCUUCUUUGGUAAAACAGGUUGGAAUAUUGAAUUGGAGGAUCUGCUGAGGGCUUCGGCUGAGGUUUUGGGGAAGGGGACGUUCGGGACGGCGUACAAGGCGGUGCUGGAGACGGGGCUGGCGGUGGCGGUGAAGCGGCUGAGGGAUGUGACCAUGGCGGAGAAGGACUUCAGGAAGAAGAUGGAGGAGAUUGGGAGCAUGGAUCACCACAAUUUGGUGCCCUUGAGGGCUUAUUACUACAAUGGUGAUGAGAAGUUGCUUGUUUAUGAGUAUUUGCCAAUGGGAAGCUUGUCUGCCUUAUUACAUGGAAACAAGGGAGCGAGCAGGACGCCUUUAAACUGGGAGACGAGGGCGGCCAUUGCUCUAGGCGCUGCCAAAGGAAUUUCAUACCUCCACUCUCAAGGAUCAACCAUCUCCCAUGGCAACAUCAAGUCAUCAAACAUUCUCCUCACUAAAUCAUACGAAGCUCGCGUCUCCGACUUUGGUCUUGCUCAGCUCGCCGGCCCUGCUGCCACUCCCAACCGCGUUGCAGGCUACAGGGCACCGGAGGUGACAGAUCCUCACAGAGUCUCUCAAAAGGCCGAUGUAUACAGUUUUGGGGUGUUGCUAUUGGAGUUGUUGACGGGCAAGGCUCCAACGCACACGUUGGUGAACGAGGAGGGGGUUGAUCUCCCCCGGUGGGUCCAAUCCGUGGUCCGGGAGGAGUGGACAGCCGAGGUGUUCGAUCUUGAGCUCCUCCGCUAUCAGAAUGUGGAGGAGGACAUGGUGCAGCUCUUGCAACUCGCUGUGGACUGCACCGCGCAGUAUCCGGACAAGCGCCCUUCCAUGGACGAGGUGGUCGUGAAGAUCGAGGAGCUGUGCCGUUCGAGCUCGCAGGACCCCAGCGGUGAUGCAGUGGAUGUCUUGGAGGAGUUGUGACUGGUCUAGACGAUGGAGUUUGGACUUGUUUUUAUGUUAGUUGCUGAAAGUGGUGGUUUAUUUGUUUGUUCAUUCUUGAAGUGUACUAUUUGAUUGAGGAACGACUGUGCAUUUCCCACAUUUUUUUUAAAAGUCUUGUAAUAUUUUGUUGUUUUUGCCUUGUUGUAGGAAAAUAGAUUGUUUUUGGAGAA